AUGGCGGAUACUGUCGUGACUCCAGCUGUCGCCGAGCUGUCCGUCCACGACACAACGAGCGAGGACUCGAAAUAUCCAAACUGCUACCCCUCCCUGAACCCGGUGGAUAAAUACAGAACGCAUAUCGCAGAAUUGCUUGCACCUGUUGUAGGAAAGGAGGCCGAAUUUAUUUAUAGUCGACUGCAAUGGACGAAUACGCUGGAUAAGGGAGAUUUGCUUUUACCGGUCCCCGCUCUGCAGAUUAAAGGGAAGAAGCCUAAUGACCUGUGCACGGAAAUUGCUUCGAACUGCCCCGAAUCUGACCUCAUUGAACCCCCCGUCGUUGCUGGCACUCAUUUACAAUUUCACUUCCGACCUCAGCCUUUAACACAGGCUGUUAUCCCCGCUAUUCUUAAAAACAGAGCUACCUACGGAACCAAUGCAAACAUUGGUUUGCGAGAUCCCCGGGACCCUAGCAAAGGGAAGAAGCGAAUUGUUGUGGAGUUCUCGUCGCCGAAUAUUGCAAAGCCAUUCCAUGCCGGACAUCUUCGAAGUACCAUUAUUGGCGGCUUCCUGGCCAAUCUUUAUACCAUUAUGGGGUGGGAAGUGAUUAAAAUGAAUUACCUAGGAGACUGGGGCAAGCAGUAUGGCCUGUUGGCGAACGGAUAUAAAUUAUAUGGAAACGAGGAAGAGUUGUUAAAAGAUCCGAUUAACCACCUUUUCGAGGUCUAUGUGAAAAUCAACAAGGAUGUCGCGGAGCAAGAAGGCCCGAUCAAGGAACUAAAGGAGCAGAUCAAGGGUCAGAAGGAAAAAGGAGAGGAUGUUACUUCUCUCGAAACGGGGCUUGCCCGUCUGGUUGAUGAGAGCUGGGAUGAGAAGGCUCGUCGUUAUUUUAAAAGUAUGGAGGACGGUGAUGAGAGUGCACUUGCUCUGUGGAAACGAUUCCGUGACCUGAGCAUUGAGAAGUACAAGCAAACGUAUGCCCGCUUAAAUAUCGAUUUUGACUUCUACUCUGGAGAAUCGCAAGUGAAACAAGAGAGUCUCUCCAAAGCAUACAAAACCAUGCAAGAAAAAGGGGUAUCCGAAGACUCUGAGGGAGCGAUUAUUAUCGACUUUACUAAACACGGAGCCAAGAAGCUGGGAAAAGCUAUCGUUGUCCGAAAAGACGGCACGCCUCUCUAUCUGACCCGAGAUAUUGCAGCUAUAUUUGAGCGCGACGAGAAGUUUAAUUUUGAUAAGAUGCUCUACGUUGUUGCGGCGCAGCAAGACCUGCAUCUGGCACAGCUGUUCAAGACCGUGGAGUUGAUGGGCCGAAAGGAUCUGUCUGACAGGUGUCAACACAUCAACUUCGGCAUGGUCCGAGGCAUGAGCACCCGAAAGGGCACGGUCAAGUUCCUGAACGAUAUCCUUAAGGAUGUGGGCGACGAGAUGCAUGACGUUAUGAGAAAGAAUGCGGCGAAAUAUGAGCAGGUUGCCAAUCCAGACGAAACAGCCGACAUUCUUGGUAUUACGUCUGUGAUGGUGCAGGAUAUGAGUGGGAAGCGUAUCAAUGGCUACGAGUUCAACCUGGCGGACAUGACCUCCUUCGAGGGUGAUACGGGACCAUAUCUCCAAUACGCCCAUGCCCGGCUGUGCUCCGUCACCCGCAAGGCCGAGCUUGACCCGUCCGAGCUGGGCUCUGCCGAUCUCUCUCUGCUUACGGAGCCGCACGCGGUGGCCCUCGUCCGACUGCUGUCGCAGUGGCCAGACGUGGUGCUGAACAGCAUGAAGACGCUGGAGCCGACCACGAUCAUCACGUAUCUGUUCCGCAUGACGCAUACACUGAGCUCUGGGUAUGAUACGCUGAAGGUGGUUGGUAGCGAGCCGGAGUUGAAAAAGUCUCGAAUGGCGCUGUAUGACUGCGCGAGACAGGUGUUGAACAAUGGGAUGAGGUUGCUGGGAUUAAAUCCUGUUGAGCGGAUGUAA